AUGGCGACCUCACCAAGCGCAGCCUCGUCAUCGCCGGCGGACUCGCGCCCGGCUUCCCUCCAUACCGGCAACAGCCCCGAUCCCAGCCCCGAUCCCAGCCCCGAAGAUGUUGCCGCAUCCAUUCCCGUCGAAACCCUUGUCGAGCACCUCCUCGCGGCGAAGCGCUCCCUCUCGUCGAUGACCCUUGUCCUCCAUGCGAAUGACCUGUCGACACAUGCCCGCCAGCUCCACGAAGAAUCCGUCAUCCUUGGCGCCCAGACAGCCUUCCUCCGGACAGGCAUCAAUGAGCAGGUCAUACUGCUGAAGCGUGUGCGGAAGAGCAUGUCGAGAACAUAUGACAGCGGCAAGAGGGAGUUUAAACACUUGAUUCGCACUCUUGAUUCCGCCAAUGGCAAGCUCGAGAAGAUGAUGGAACAGCUGCGUAGCACCAUCGUCGAGGCGGUUUUCAGGCCCGAAGGAGAAGAACCCAGGAAUCUCAUGGACUUUGUAGAUGAGAAAAGUGUCGAUGUCAUGAGGAAUGCACUGAAGGAGAGCAUUGGUGAACUACAGUCCGCUCAGACUUCAUAUGAUGGCGACCUGCUCCGAUUCGACAAUGACCUACGAACACUUAGCAAAGCCAUGUCCUCUGCUCCCUCGUCGUCCCCCUCAGACUCCGCUGCAUAUCAACCCAUCCCAUACCUGCUCUCGUCCCUCCUAGACCACUCCCGGGCAAUGGCAGAACAUCUCACCUCUUUGACGAGGCAUUUUGACAUGUGCGUUACAGCUGUGCGCAUCACAGAGGGAGGCGCUGCCCUCGCGCGUCGCAAGGCUGCUGAGGUCACUGCCUCACAGGAAGGAGGCGACCCCGUCUCCAUUUCCGGUGUCAUUGCUGAGCAGGAGUCCAAUGUUGCCGACCUCGACCCAAUAUCGUCACAAGAACGGGAUGAGAUCUUACAAGUCGUCAUGCAGGAUGCUCCAGAGGUGGAUGAGGUGGUGGCCGAGAUCAACGCAGUUCUUCACGAAAUGGAAACCGAUUUUGCCUCGCUCAAAGAGCAAGCCGACCGGAUCAAGGUAUCGUACAUCACGACUACACAAGCGUUCCAUGUUCUUGAAGACAUCGGUUCUCGUUUGCAGAGCUACGUCGCAGCUGAGACGGAGUACAUUGAUCGCUGGGAGGACGAGAAGCAGGUCAUCUUUGGCAAGCUAGAAGAGAUGGAUGGACUGCGAGAAUUCUACGAGGGAUACCUCAGUGCCUACGAAAGCUUGCAUCUCGAAAAGGAGCGUAGACGUUCAGUGGAGGAGAAGAUUUUCAGCAUUUUCAAGAAAGCUCAAGAGAAUGUACACAAAUUAGUAGAUGCAGACUGGAAGGAGAGGGAGAUGUUUCGGCAGGAGGUCGGUGAGUUCCUCCCAACUGAUCUAUGGGUUGGCAUGAGUGGGCCGCUUCAAAUGUGGGACAUUGUUCCGGCUCAGCCAAAGGAUGAUCGCGUUGCCAAGGAAGAUGGCAAUGAGGGAGGCAAACAGAAGCUCUCGCGAGUGAUCAUCUAG